AAUACAAAGCACAGAACCUCAUUGCUUCUCAACUCAGCAAUUGCAUGUAAUACAUCUAAGGACGAGCCGAAGACAGCUAUAGAACCCCCCAUCAACUAUUCUGAGGCUGCCCAUCGAACAGUCAUUGCUCUCCGAUGUGCCAAAAACAAUUGCCCAUUCAACAUUGUGUCAGACAACUAUUAUAGUCUAGAAGUAGCUAUGCUUCAUCCUGGAGUAGUUCUACCAUGUCCUGAGACGGUUUCAAAUGACAUUAAAGCUAUCUAUGCUGGGUUAUCCAUAAAUGUCAGGAAUUACUUUAAGGUG